AUUUAAUUUACCAUCGUUUUGGACGUGACCGACACCCACUAAACACAUACACACACAUACAUACACACAUACCUACAUACAUACUACACACCUACAAAAAAACACACACAACCACCACCCAUCUUUAACCUUUACUGAAACUUAUGUUUGUGACCUUCGAGUGGAUCUUAGUUGUCAUCAAAUUUGGUACAAACUGGAAUCGGCUUUUAAUUGUAUUGGUGAUCAAUUAUCUCUACGAUUUAUCAGCGGCACUUUUAAAUUGUUCGGUGUCUCAACAAUCAACUAAUCUAAUUGCUACCAACACUUGAGGCACAAUCACACCAUGAUGGUUAAUUACUGUUCAUCUAGAAACACUUAUCUUCAUCUGAUCUUCCUCAUUUGUUAAUAAUAAUUGAAAAUCUCUGGUCAUCUCAGUUCAAUUUUACCUACUAAAUUAUAAUGUAAUUGCGAUGGUUUAAUUAAGCCGAUCAAAUUUGAUUGUGAUUCUUUUAUUGAUGAUAAUCAUCAGUAAAUUAUUCUAGUCUGACAAUCUGAGUUAAUCUUCCUCUCUCUCUCUCUACCUGAUUGUAGAUUCAGUUUUUUAAUUCUCAAUUUAGAUCUUAAUUGUUCCCUUUAAUUGCCUUUAACUACUUCUUUUUAAUUGUCAUUCUCAUCUCUUUUUAUAUUAUAACUCCUUUCUCUCUCUCACUCAUUUUUCAUCAAUCAUCAUUGGCGAUCCUCUUAAUUAAUCUAAUUAAUGUAAAAUAUUAUUUGCACCAAAAAUUAUUCUAUUAAUUUAUAGAUAACAAUUUACAAUUAAUAUUGAUUUUGUUAACCAAAGUGAAAUCGAUCAUUGAAAAUGUGUAUUGUAAAUAUCUCAUGAUUUAUACAUAAAUUGUCGUGAUUUUUUUAAUUGUUACUCUUGUGACUUUAAUCCAAACCUUUUGUAUAUGAAAUAAUAGUAAUUAACAAAUAACUUAUUCAAAUUGCUUUCGAUCAAUAUAAUUAUUUUCUCAUUAAUCAAUAACAAUCAGUUAAUUUAUUAGUUAAUCGUUUAUUUGUGAUCAUUAUUGAUUUUAAAUCUUUAAAUUAAUUAUUUUCCUUAAUUUUUUUCUCACUUAUUUUUAAUAUCAUUUAAUAGAUUCAAUCAAUUUUAAAAAUCGGUCAAAUAAUUGGACUCAUAUGAAUUAAUCAACUACAAUGGGAAUGAAAUAAAUAAAUUAUGAAUAAACUGACAAUGAACGGUUAAUCGUAACAAUUAAAUGAUCCUCAUUGAAUGAGUAACUUAUGAUUGAGUUGAUGAUUUAUUAAUUGAUUGACAGGCUUUUAUUUAUCUCUUCACGUUAAUUGUUACUUAAUUAAUCAGAUGGUUAAAAGCUGUAACUGAUUAACACAAAGGUAAAGGUGAUUGUUUUCAAAUUAAUUGAUUUUCAUAUUGAAGUUAUUGGUUAAUUAACCAAGGAAGUCUCAAUGUUUAACUAACUACCAUGCUGAUUAAAUUGAUGCUAAUGUAAACUUGAACAACCAUUGAUUAAAUGAAUUAAUUGUUUACAAAGUUUUCCCUUUGAUUAUGUUUAGUAAAAAAAAUUAUGUCUAUUUGAAAGAUAAACGAUUUCCAAGGUUAAUUGUUGUGAAAACGAAGCAAUUUAACAAAUCAACUCGAUUGACGACGGAAACAUGGCCAAUGAGAAACAAUUACCAUUCGGACAAUUUAUUAUAUGUCAAGAUAAUGUUGAUGCUUUUUGGACUCAACAUGUUUCCGGUCAGUGGUUGUUGGCGAUUGUUAAAUUAUCUGUUGGUCUUUUCGUCAAUUGUUUCCCAAUUGUAUCAAUUUUUCUGGUCAAUCGUUUUGUUUGCUUAUUCCGAUGAUCCAAUUAAUUCGGUUCUCUGGACAUUUCAAGCAAUUUACGCAUUUGCGAUUCGAUUCAUUUUGAUCCAUCGAGCCAAACGAAUCCAUUCAGCUUUGGUCAUCAUGACGAACAUGGUUCCUUUCGGUGAGAAUAAGUUUCGAUUGUGGUCAAUCAUUUGUCUUCUAUUAACAUUAUCGACAAUGUUGUUUGAUUUUCUUCGUCUUGUAAUUUGGUUCAUUUGGGGACCGAACGAGGAAUUGAUUGAUUUGUACACUUCCAUUUUAACCGAUUUCGAUGUUAAUCUUCCUCUGCCCGUUGCCGCUUUUACCGAUUUUUGGACUUAUUGUUAUGCGACAAUCGGUUGUUUAAUUGUUUCCAAAUCGUUUUAUUUGUUCACCUUUCAUCUCGCUUCUGAAUGUUAUCAAUCACUUUACUCGUUUUGCCAAGAAACGGCCUCCGAUCCAAAGAGAAUCCGUUAUAUCAGUUUAAUGUACCACAAAGUGUACAAUUUAAAGGACGAAUUGAAUGAGGCUUUGAGUUCACUUCCGUUUUUCUGGUAUUCGCAAAUUUUUUUCGAAACAACUUCACAAAUUGUUCGAAACACCAAAGAUAUUCCUUCACUUGAUUGGUCUAAAGUGUUUUUCCGUUGGGGCUCUUAUCUUAAUUUACUAAUCAUUACCAUUUAUAUAACUUAUCAGGUUGAUAGAUUUACCAUCAAGGAGAUGUCACUUGUUGGUAAAAUGAUUCAAUUGUUAACUGAUACUCGACCUGUGAACGAGUUUAAAUCUCGCACUUAUGCGGUUGACAAAUCGAUUCUAGUUAAUCAGCUGAUACAAACACCGACAAUUAUUCCCAGUGCAUGGAGUUCAUUUAAUAUCGAUCGAACGUUAAUUGUUUCCUUCUUUGGAGCGGUGGUUCCUUUUUCUGUUAUGUGUUUAGAGUUCCAACAGAUAAUUAACAGAUGAUUUAGU